UUUUUGUCACUGUUCUACCAAGUCGAUAAUUCUCGUUUUAUUCAUGUUGCAGUUGAUUGCAAGUAUACCAGAGUUUCUGGCGCUUGGAGACUCUAACAACGAUGGCGUCUUCGAAUGUCUGACCGCUGAGCGAACAGAAUUGAAUACUGACAAAAACGAAGCUACCUUCAUACUUACCUUCAAGGGACAGCACGGUACCAAGGCGAAAGUUGUGCCCUUCCACUUAGUUGCUGGACCAACGCCGGACACCUUCAUUUACACCCCAGAAGAUGAUCCAAGCUACAGCGAAACAACCAAAGUCGUGUACACUAACUUCAAGAACUGUGCCGUAGCUCAAGGCAAAUACUACGAACAACGUUGCAUACUCUACAUCUCCAAGGAUGUUGCUAAUGAUGUGCCACCGGAAUGUAGGAAGAACUUUGAAGAAAUAUGCGGUGUCGCCUCUUCAUCUAACUGGAAUGAUGUAUGUGGAGAAGACGCGUAGACCACGCGGGAAAAAGAAAAAGUGUUAUUAAAACAGUGUUGAGAUCUGUGACAUGUUAAGUAGCACAGCUUGAAAUAAACAUAUUUUUCGA